CACCCCCAUCAUAGCGGUGACGGUGGCCCUCUCGUCCCUCCUGGUCAUCAUCUUCAUCAUCAUCGUCCUCUACAUGCUCAGGUUUAAGAAGUACAAGCAGGCAGGGAGCCACUCCAACUCCUUCAGACUGACCAAUGGCAGAGCAGACGACACAGAGCUGCAGAGUGUGCCGCUAUUGGCCCGCUCGCCUAGCACAAACAGGAAGUACCCGCCCCUUCCUGUGGACAAGCUGGAGGAGGAAAUGAACCGUCGCAUGGCAGACGACAAUAAGCUCUUCCGGGAGGAGUUUAAUGCAUUGCCAGUGUGUCCUAUCCAGGCCUCCUGUGAUGCUGCCUCCAAAGAGGAGAACAAGGAGAAGAACCGUUACGUCAACAUUCUGCCCUAUGACCAUUGCAGGGUGCACCUGAGUUUACUGGAGGGGGUCCCAGACUCCGACUUCAUCAACGCCUCCUACAUAAACAUACAUACCAGUGAAGACUAUUUAACAGGCUAUCAAGAGAAGAACAAGUUCAUCGCUGCCCAGGGGCCAAAGGAGGAGACGGUGAAUGACUUCUGGAGGAUGAUCUGGGAGCAAAACACAGCCACCAUUGUCAUGGUGACCAACCUAAAGGAGCGGAAGGAGUGUAAGUGUGCCCAGUACUGGCCGGAUCAGGGCUGCUGGACGUACGGGAACAUCCGUGUGUCGGUGGAGGACGUGAUGGUGCUGGUGGACUACACCAUCCGCAAGUUCUGCAUCCAGCAGGCAUGCUCACAGGUGGGCGACGUCUCUGGGAAGAAGCCCCAGCGACUGGUCACUCAGUUCCACUUCACCAGCUGGCCGGACUUCGGGGUGCCCUUCACCCCCAUCGGCAUGCUCAAGUUCCUCAAGAAGGUCAAGAACUGCAACCCCCAGUAUGCUGGACCCAUCGUGGUGCACUGCAGUGCGGGUGUUGGGCGAACGGGCACGUUCAUCGUGAUCGACGCCAUGUUGGACAUGAUGGGCUCGGAGCGGAAGGUGGACGUGUUCGGCUUUGUGACGCGGAUCCGAGCGCAGCGCUGUCAGAUGGUCCAAACGGACAUGCAGUACGUGUUCAUCUUCCAGGCGUUGCUGGAGCACUACCUGUACGGGGAUACGGAGCUGGAGGUGACGUCUCUGGAGUCUCACCUGGCCAAGCUCUACGCCCCCUCACCUGCCUCAGGCUGCGGAGGGCUGGAGGCCGAGUUCAAGAAGCUUACCUCCAUAAAAAUCCAGAAUGACAAAAUGAGAACAGGCAACCUUCCAGCCAACAUGAAGAAGAACAGAGUCCUACAAAUCAUUCCAUAUGAGUUCAACAGAGUGAUCAUCCCUGUGAAGAGGGGCGAGGAGAACACUGACUACGUCAAUGCCUCCUUUAUCGAUGGCUACCGGCAGAAGGACUCGUACAUGGCCAGUCAGGGCCCUCUGCAGCACACCAUCGAGGACUUCUGGAGGAUGAUCUGGGAGUGGAGGAGCUGCUCCAUCGUCAUGCUCACCGAGCUGGAGGAGAGAGGACAGGAGAAGUGUGCUCAGUACUGGCCCAGUGACGGGGUGGUGGUGCACGGAGACGUCUCCAUCGAGCUGAAGAGGGAGGAAGAGAGCGAGAGCUACACCAUCAGAGACCUGCUCGUCACCAACAACAGAGAGAACAAGGCUCGUGCGGUCAGGCAGUUCCAUUUCCACGGCUGGCCGGAGGUGGGCAUCCCUACGGACGGCAAGGGCAUGAUCAACAUCAUCGCCGCCGUGCAGAAGCAGCAGCAGCAGUCCGGGAACCACCCAAUCACAGUGCACUGCAGUGCGGGUGCGGGCCGGACCGGGACGUUCUGUGCGCUGAGCACGGUUCUGGAGCGAGUGAAGGCGGAGGGCAUCCUGGACGUGUUCCAGACCGUCAAGAGCCUGAGGCUGCAGAGGCCACACAUGGUGCAGACACUGGAGCAGUACGAGUUCUGCUAUAAAGUGGUCCAGGAGUAUAUCGAUGCCUUUUCCGACUACGCCAACUUCAAGUAGGGGAUGGACACAGAGGGACUGAUUUACUGGUCACUGGUUGAUCCCACGGACUGAUGGAAAAGGGAACAAGAACACAGGAACGGAUGGACACAAGGACAGACAAGAGAGAGAGAGAGAGCGAAAGAAAGAGAGGAAGAAGAGAGAGAGGGAAAAAUGGAUUAACCUGACCAGAUUGGGAUGGAGAGAAUUGAGAAGAAUAUCAGAGAUGCCUUCUUGAAUAUUUUGUAAUAUUGAUGAUGUUAAUAUGCCCCUUCCUUAUCCUCCUGUAUAUACACACUCACCCCCCCCCCCCCCCCCCCUUCACAGGUUUGCUUUUAGAGGGCCGUUUGGCUGUGGUUUUAGAGUGACCAACCUUUACCCAGAAUGCAUCUGGCCUUGGGCAGGAUCAAACGGGAUCUGACCAGGGGACAGGUGACCGCUCCGCAGGUGACCUCAGGUGACCGCAGGUGAUCUGCUGGCUGCUGGAGCUGAAGCUGAAGCCAGAGUGGCACUGGGGGCUUGGCUUGUGUUUCUGCUAUAUCUUUUUAUUCUUUUUAUUUUUAUUUUUAUUUUAUUUUUACUUUUUUGUUGGGUUUUUUUGCGGUUGAGUGACAGAAAUCUCUGUGACUGAUCUGAUCUGACAUCGUGAUUGGUGCUCGAGUAAGCUUAUAGGUCACAUGACUACAGAGGCCAACCAAUCAGGAUGCACCGUGUAUCCUCAGCGAACAUGCACGUGUACACGCACACACACACACACACACACACUCAGUCACACACACACACCCUUUGCGACCUUAUGCUGUGCAGGAUGGAGGAGUCCGUGACGUGGGUGUGGUUUGAUGAAUAACCCGCUCCAGUGGUCAGUUGAGUCCACGUCACUGAGCUCCGCUUCGUGUCAUCAGCGUGAAGGAAAAGCUUCAGUUCCCCACUGAGCCCAGAUCCUCACACUGAAGCUGGUGUUGACAUGCCGCAUUUCCCAGGGCCACCACUAGGCGGUGCCACAGAGCCCUGCAAGGGCAAGACAUACCCCACCCCACCACACACACACACACACACAUAGACAUACACACACACACAAAUACACACUGUGUGCCAAAUACAGUGGUGCCCACCUCGACCACACCCUGCUCCCACUCAUCUCUUCUCUCUCAGCUCUGCCACCCAGAAAAGAAGGCAGAGGUGCUGGGAUGGAGGGAUACAGUCAAAAGAAGUAGAAGAGUAGAGUGUGUGUGUGUGUGUGUGAGAGAGAGAGAGAGAGAGAGAGAGAGAGAGAGAGAGCGAGCAAGAGAGCAAAGGAGCAGUUUGAUUUAGGUUCAGGAGGACGAAGGCAUCUGCAUGUAUACAUAAUCGCCUGCUCCCUACAGGUCAAUGGUGUGUUUUUAAUGGAGUCUCAGCGGUCAUUAUUCAUACGUCUGAUUUUCUCAUAGUGUACAUACGAGGGUCAUCACGUGGAGAACUUGUUACUGUGUAUAGCUCAUCCUGCUUCUGCGUUUGCCUGAACGUGUGUCACAAGGGGAGGGCGAGGAAGGGUCAGAGUCUUUUUAGUCAGGAUUGUAGCAAUGGACAUACCCUACUACUCGCCUUAACAGAUCAGAUGACCGUUACCACAAUCUGUGUGUGUGCGUGUGUGUGUGUGUGUGUGUGUGUGUACAAGCGAGCAAGGACAUUCUCUGUUUUGCCUACAACUCAGUGACCACAGAUGCCAAACAUCUCCAGUAGUCAUAUGAUAAUUAAGGCGUCAACUGCCACAUGGUGCUGGAACCCUCACGGACAGUGACAAGCUUCACAAAGCCAAUUGACCCAUUGAUCACAAAACCCCACCCUCGAACGGUCAAUUCCUUUCAGUAGCCCCCCCGAACCCGUUGCACUAAGCCCACACGCUCGUAGCAGACGCUGGACCUUAAAAAUCACGGAGGCCCCGCUUGGAAUGUGUGUCAUUGUGACGUCAUAAUGGAACGUCCCAGAAUGUUGGGUGGAGGGAGGUGUGUGUGGAAUGUUCUAGUCUAGUCGUGAGGAUCCUCAGUGGACUGCCUAGAUCCAGUCUGCGGAGGAAUGAGGGUAUUGAUUAGGAGUUGUGAUCACAUGAGAAGCUCUUUGCUUUGACCUGUUUGAUGCACAUACAGUACCCUCAUUCGGCCCCACUGGCAACAGCAAUUGGAAUGGAAGCAGGCAAAACAUGAUAGAUCACAGCCAAAGCUUAUUUUUUAAUUCUUUUUUUUCUCUUUUUUCUUUGGAUUGUGUCCAUGAAACUCCUGUCUGUUAGCGAUGGUAGAUUGUGUUCAAGUCUCCCAAUUCGACGUGUGUGUGUGUGUACCGCCUCACAGGGUGUGAUGUGUUUGGCUGGAUGUUUGAGGGGCCUGAUGACAUCCCAUUCUGUUGAAGGAUGUCACUUCCUGUUCAAGCUCCGCCCACUCAAGAGAUGACACUGUGCCAAUCAUAAUCCAUGUAGCUCUAGACUCCACCCCCUUUUAGUGGAGCUUCCUCUCUAUUGGUUUGAGAAAAGCCUUUUAUGGUUUGGCUCUGCCCAUGGGAGGGCUCUCAGAACCCAGAAUGGCGUGUCUAGAACCCAGGAACCGACAUCCCUCUGGUACGGUGGUCCAGCUUAGAACUUCGCCAGUUUUACUCGAGGUUCUAGUCCAUUUCUUUCCAGAACUUCCUCCCAUUCCAUCCCAGAGAACCCGGUUCCUCUGUGGAGAUCCAGAUGACGCCCAAACAGCUCCGACUCGAGUCACAGGAGAUCGUUUCAGAUGCCACCAUUUUGAAUUCUUGUCCUUUAAUCCACUGGUUGAUGGGGCAGUUUUGUGUGUGUGUGCGUGUGUGCGUGUGUGUGUGUGUGUGUGUUUGUGUGCCUGCUUGUGACAGCGCCACCUCCCAUUAGAAUGUGAUGUUCUUUCCCAAACCCCCCCCCCCCAUACACUCCCUCUCCUCUCCUUGGCGCUUAUCUUCCUACAUCCACUGUGAUUGGAUCUCACGCUAGACCCACCCCGCCCCCCCUCAUUAUAAACCCCUCCCCCAUACUCAAGUGACCCCACCCCCCCUCUGUACAUACUAUAAGCUUAUUUAAAUCUCCUUCCUGUCUGGUUCCCCGCCCCUUUCUCGGAGUCGUGUGUAUUAAUCUGCACUGGGACCAGCUUCACAAGUCCUGCAGCGCUUGGUUGCUCCUCUUUUCUUUUCUUUUCUUUUCUUUUCUUUUCUUAUGUCUUUGGCUUUUUUUUUCUUAUUUUUUGGUAUUAUUGUCUUAAAAUUGUAUGUUUUUUAUUUGCAUCUGUUUUCUAGUGUUUUGUUAUUCCAAAAUUGAAUAUAUAUGUAUAUAUAAUUAUAUAUAUGAUUUAAAAUUUAUAUAUAAUUAUAUAGUGCCUAAUGGCCUUUCUAAGCAAGAUAUUGUUGAAACCUAAUAAAAGUGCUUGAGAUUUUAA